UAAAACAAAAUUCCAAUAUUUGAAAAAAAAAUAAAAAAAAAGAAAAAAGAAAAAGAGAUAAAUGAAGCUCUAAAUUGGGGAUAUUAUGUAUGGAUAACCAACAAAACAUUUGUUGAGUCCUAAUCUCGCGCUCUCGGUCUGUCUGUUGAUUGAGUCUAGGGUUUCGUCUCCAUCCUCCGGAAAGGUACGUGGAAAAGUUAACCUAAAGAGUGGGAGGAGUGGAGAGGAAAGAAAAAAAAUUUAGCUUGAAUGGAUCAAAUCUCCUCAAGGGAAAGAGAUCUUGAAGUAGAUCUUGGAAAUUGUAGUGGAAAUACUAGCGAGGAGGAUGGAGGCAGGGACCCUGUUUUGGGCAAUAUACAGGCAAAUAAACUAUUUAGUAGGGUUGGCAGUGAGGUUUGGAAUUUUGAUGGAUCAGUUAAGGAUGAAAAUGGUGUAAAUUUGAUAAAAAAUUUGGUAAAAUACGGCAACACUGCCGAUGUGAAUGUAGAGCUGUUGAUAGACAUCAGUUCAAGAGGGGAAGAGAGUCGAGAGAACAGCAAUCUUGCAAUGAAGCAAUAUGUGAAUGAGAAGCAUAAAAAGACAAAUUCUAGAAAGCCUCCUAAGCCACCUCGACCUCCUCAAGGUCCUUUGUUGGAUGCUGCUGACCAGAAAUUUGUUAGGGAGAUAUCUGAGCUUGCAAUGAGGAGGCGUGCUAGGAUUGAGCGGAUAAAAGAGAUGAAGAAAAAGAAAGCAGCCAAGGCAUCGUCAAUGAGCAGCAGCAGUUUAUCUGCCAUGAUCAUAACGUUUCUCUUUUUCAUUAUAAUACUAUUUCAAGGAAUAUGCUCCAGAGCCAGUUCACAUGAGGGGUUUCAGGGGUCGCCUGAGCCAGUAGUGAACUCAAGGAAAAGUUUGAUUUCAGUUCAAUAUUACAAAAACCUCCCUCCCAAUGAGAGCAAUGAACCUGGUUCCAACUCACUCGAGUGUGUAUUCCUUUACCCUUUAUUUUUAUCGUGGAAGAUCAUCUUGAAUUGUGUUUCCAUGCAUUAUUGUUAUCUUAAGAACCUACGAUAUUUGAGGAAUCGGGAUAACUAUCUGUGCCUCAUAUUUUCCCCAUAUUUUACCUUAAUGCAGUUCAGUAGAACAACAGGUAUCAGGCCUCAAAAAAAUAUUGCAUAGAGUUUAUGGAUGAAACAGAAAAGCACUGAAGAAUGAAAGAUGCAAUGGCUGACUUAUGUAGGAUCAUAGCUUUACCCAGACACCAUGAAAUAUUUUGCCUGACUGUCCUGGUUUCUGUAUAUAUGUAACGCUUAUGAAGCUUGCGUGAUGUAAAAGUUCUAAUUUGUACAGCACUGAAAUUCAUAGGGAAGCCAUGGUUUUGCAAGUUUUAUUGGUAAUACAUCAAUCUAUUGAGGAUUUGUACCUAUUCCACUUCAAAGCUAUUAUUUUGUUUA